AUGGACUCAAGACAAAGGCCCAAUGAUUUAAAAGCCUUCUGCCCAAAUGUAAAUGGGGAAAUUAGAUUCAUAUUCGAACUCGAAUUCUUCAAUACAAGUUUCAGAGAAAAACCAGCGGGAAAGAAUAAGGAAUUUUGGGUUCCACAGUUCUUGUACGAACUCGAAAAAGCUCAAAACAUGUUCGACACAAUGCUCCAGCGAACUGUCUUUUCUUGGAAUGCCAUGAUCACUGGAUAUUCUAAAUGGAAUAGAUAUCCUGAAGUGAUGAACUUGAUUUCAUUGAUGCAUCACUCUAAUGUUAAGUUGAAUGAAACCACAAUUUCAACGUUGUUAGAUCAUGGGCUGGUUUUGAAAUUUGGACAUGAGGAAUUUGAGCCAGUGGGGAGUGCUUUGUUGUACUUGUAUGCUAGUUGUUAUGAAAUCACAGAAGCAAAGCGGGUUUUUGAUGAGUUAUGUGAGAAGAAUGAUUUAGUGUGGAGUUUGAUGCUCGUUGGUUUUGUUCAAUAUAGUUUUUUGAGUGAAGCUUCGAAGAUUUUUGAAGAAAUGCCGAGGCGUGGUGUGGUUGAAUGGACUACAUUGAUUUCAAGGUAUGUAAAGAGCAAAGAUGGGUGUCAGAAGGCUUUGGAGUUGUUCAAGAUGAUGAGAAAGAGUGGUGAGGCGCUUCCUAAUGAAUUUAUGUUGGAUUCCUUAGUGAGGGCUUGUGGUAGAAUGAUGGACUUGUGGGAAGGAAAAGUGGUUCAUGGACUCUUCUUAAAAUUGGGAUUUGAGUUUGAAUCUUUGAUAUAA